CCGGCGGCCAAAGACGAACGGCGGCCAAUUGGCAAGUGCAUUUCGAGAUCCAACCUGCCGCGGCAAAAACUUCUGCGUUUCGCCGGGACGCCCAUUCUGCCCUUGCCCUUGUCACCUAGAAUUGAGACCUUGGCAGUCAGUCGGUAGUAGUCAAACCAGUGGCACAGGGCUCCUCAAAGCGUCGAUCUAUAUAUAUUCAGACACAAGCCGUUUGAUAUCCGCCGAACAGUCGAAUAGAAGCAGUGACCAUGUCUACACUGGGAUCAUAUGCAGGACCCUUCGUCAACGAUGCCGCACGAGACCUUGCGGACUCGUUGGUGGUGACAGUGAACAGCACCAUUGCCUUGGCGUCCAACAUGUACAGCGCCAUUCCAGGCAGCCGAAUUCUUGCGCUGUACGUAAAGUCGUCCUACCAGAACGAUCCUUAUCGCACCCUCUUGGAAAUCGGCCUCGUCAUUUUCUUGAUCUGGUACUUCGGCGGCAAGAAGUACAAGCCUGGAAAGCAGCACGAGAAGAUCAUUUUGACGGAGAAGGAGAUACAAGAGCUGAUCGAUGAAUGGGAGCCGGAGCCGUUGGUCGUUCCACCGACUGAGGCGCAACGAUUGGAGUUGGAGAAGAUCCCUAUCAUUAGCGGACCCUCAGGCCCGAAAGUCAAGCUUGCGGACGGCAAGGAGAAAUUGAAUCUUGCGAGUUUCAACUUCCUCGGAGCUAUGAACCAGGAAUCCACGAAGGAGAAAGCCAUCGCAGCUGUUCGGAAGUACGGCGUGGGAACCUGUGGACCUUGUGGCUUCUAUGGAACGAUCGAUGUACACAUUGACCUCGAGAAGGAGGUGUCGAGAUUCAUUGGAGUCGAGGAUGCGAUUGUGUACUCUCAGGGAUUCUCCACCAUUGGAAGUGUCAUCCCCGCUUUCUCCAAGCGAGGCGACAUCAUCGUUGCAGACUCUGGCGUCAACUUUGCGGUUCAGAAGGGCAUUCAAGUGUCGAGGAGUGUUGUCAAGUACUUUAAACACAAUGACAUGGAAGACCUGGAGCGAGUCCUGAAGCAGGUCCAGCAAGAGUCUCUGAAGAAGAAAAAGCCUCUUACUCGCCAAUUUAUCGUCGUUGAAGGACUCUACGUGAACCACGGAGAUAUCUGCCCACUGCCCAAACUGAUCGAACUGAGGAACAAGUACAAGUACCGCUUGAUUGUCGAGGAGAGCAUGUCCCUGGGAGUCCUCGGACCACGCGGCGCCGGUGUUUGCGACCACUACGGCAUCUCACCCAAAGACGUCGACAUGAUCACUGCAUCCAUGGCGAACACCCUGGGGGCUGGCGGUGGUUUCUGCUGCGGAUCGAAAGAGAUUGUCGAGCAUCAACGCCUGAGCGGUCAGGGUUACGUCUUCUCCGCCUCCUUGCCCGCGCUUCUGGCGGUUUCGGCUAUGGAGGGCAUCAAGCACGUGGAAGCACAUCCAGAACUGGUCACGAGGUUGCAAGAGAACUCGGUCCUGAUGCGCCAAACGAUUCGCAAGGGUGUGCAGAGGGUAGAAUGCAGCGGCCCAGACGAGUCACCCGUUCUCCACGUGCGCCUCUCGGACCUCCUCGACCAACCCGUCGAUGAACAAGAAAAGGCGCUCCAGGAAGUGGUCGAGGAAGCCAUGCGGAACGGUGUCCUCAUUACUCGAGCAAAGUACGUCCACGGACAGGAACUCAACGUGCCUUCCCCGAGUAUCCGCAUAGCCGUCUCUGCCAGCCACUCUCGUAAGGAGGUGGAGAAGUCUGGUAGCGUCGUUGCUGCUGCGAUUAAGAAGGUGCUGAAGAGCAGGCGAUAGCUGUUCGCUUAAGGCGGGUGGACAAAGGAGGGGAUCAGAGGGGUUAGGUCAGAUUUUGGGGGUGUGCUGACUUAUAUAGAGGUGUAUUGUUGAAGAAUAAUGAAUUUUCACACAUAUUCGAUG